CUCCCUUUGCCACUGCAGUGAAAGCCUCUGUAAAGGAGAGAGAGAGAGACGGAGAAGAGAGCCUGAAGCUGGGUAUCAAGCCAGGCCGAGACCUCAGAGAUCACCACGACCGUGUUUUUUAAAAACUGUAUUUCUCGCCACAGCUCGGCGGCCUACCGACAGACCCCUCCACCCCUGCUGUAGCCUACCUCUUUUCCGUUCACAUCGCCUGGAUUUCAUCAUCCGACCUGCAAGAUGGGAAAUGAAGCCAGUUACCCCCUGGAGAUGUGCUCGCAUUUCGAUGCUGAUGAGAUUAAGAGGCUAGGGAAGAGGUUUAAGAAACUCGACCUAGAUAACUCUGGCUCACUCAGCGUGGAGGAGUUCAUGUCGCUGCCUGAGCUGCAACAGAACCCGCUGGUGCAAAGGGUUAUCGACAUAUUUGACACGGACGGGAAUGGAGAGGUGGACUUUAAAGAGUUCAUCGAGGGAGUCUCACAGUUCAGCGUCAAGGGGGACAAGGAACAGAAGCUGCGGUUCGCUUUCAGGAUCUACGACAUGGACAAGGAUGGCUACAUCUCCAAUGGCGAGCUCUUCCAGGUGCUGAAGAUGAUGGUAGGCAACAACCUGAAGGACACGCAGCUCCAGCAGAUUGUGGACAAGACCAUUAUAAACGCAGACAAGGACGGAGACGGCAGGAUAUCCUUUGAAGAGUUCUGUGCAGUGGUCGGAGGUCUCGAUAUACACAAAAAGAUGGUGGUGGACGUGUGAGCGCUCCUACUGCUCGCCGAUUCCCCCCCUUCCUCCUCGACACUCGCUUUCUCCACCAUCUCUGAAGAUCUGCUCAAGACGUCCGGCAAAACGCUCUCUGUGUAACUCAAUGGAAGUAUUCUCUCUCUCUCUCUCUCUCUCUCUCUCUCUCUCUCUCUCUCUUUAUCUCUUUAUCUCUUUCUUUCUUCUGUGAAGCCACUUUUUCUUUCAGAAACCACGGGCCUCGUGAAGCCAACUUUGAAGUGUUAUUGAACUUUAAAUCCUCUCAAUAACCCGGUCGUAGCACUUUAAGAGACUGAAGGCAGAUUCAUCUAUUUGUCAUUUGAAAGAGCAUCUCUGAAUUUGGAUGAGGGGGGAGAAAGGGGGCUCAGUGAGGAGGCUGGUUGGCUUGUUCAUAUUUCAUCCUUUCUUCUCUCUUUUUUUUUUGUUAAUUGUUAUUUUUGAUAUUUAUUUUUUGUUCUUGUCUUUUAUAAAGAAGAAAAAAUACAAGUAUAUCUAUGGUUGUCUCGUGAGGGGAAGUGUAUAGUAUAUUAACACUUGACUUACAGUACAACUAGAAAGUAGGGUAUGAAGUGCCAACCAGAACAUAUCCAGAAACCAGUCCAAGUUAUUACCCAUCGUCUCUGCUGUCAUUCACGCCGGACAGACUGGCUCGUGACACUUGUAACUGCGCGAGUCACAUUAGAUGCAAAACUAAAUUUCAGUUUUGACUUUUUUUUCUUUAGCUUUCACACGAACAGUUUGCUUUAGACCAGUAAAGCUUCCAGUCACACUUAGCAAAGCAGUUCAUGUUUUUCUUUUUUGUAAUAAGAUUGCUAGUUUUUAUUUAUACUGAAGAAUGUGUUUAUAUUGUUGGAGAUUAUCCUUGUUUCCUGUCAUGAAAUUAUAGGUAGAUAAAUUAAUGCCAAGAAAAUGUCUUUCCAAAAUAAUUUGUGGCUGCAAAGUGAUACAUGGUUUACUCUUGAAGUAUUUUGCAUUUAACCGUGUGCAUCCAUACGACAAUCUCCAAUGCAAAGAAUAGCUCUGCACUCAAUGACUAAAGAUAUAUAGUGGAAUCAUUAGAAUUUCAAGACUUUUAUUUAACGUUAAGGACAGCGGCUAGAUGGACUUGGCUAAGAACUGAGAAUAAUAGUUUUAAGAGUGAAUAAUGGUGAGAUUAUACAUUGUUUGUGCGAGUAUAUAGCAAUUUAAGAGACUUAUCUGCAGGCAGCGUUUUUUAACCUAUAUGUGUAUAUUAGGUAAUCAAUGUGCUCAUCUUCUUUAACAGCAAGAGGAGAAGGCUUUGCCUCUGCUUAACAUGAGCCCUUCUGGAUACUUACCUUUCUCAGUACAGCGCAGGACGGGUCAGAGUUUUCUUUAACGCAACACGAACACUUAAGAUCUUAACAUGUUGGCAUGAUCAGUGUGCAAUGGGAUAGACUGUAUAUUGUAGUUACUUUUUUUUUUUCCCCCUUUUGAACGUGUACAUUUCAAAAGUUGGCUUCCUCUCCCUCUUUUUUUUCCUGCCACAAUCACCUCAUUUUCUCCCCCUUCCACCCACUAAUACAAACAGGGAGAAAAACAAAUUCAACCAAAUUUUAAUUUCUAAGGGAAAAAUGCUUCCUACUAUAAAUGGCAUCGGGAUAGCUUUUUGUUUUGCUUUGGAGGCCGACUGCUGGUUUGAGCAGGAGUUUUCAGUCAGAGAUGUGAAUCUGGAGUGCUCUGUUGUCCCUUAUCCCAAAGCUCUGCACGACUUGGGCCUCCCUGUGCUUGCAUGACAUGGAAAUAUAUUUUUUGUUGUGCAUGUAGAUCAAUUUUUUGAAAUAAUCCUCUUGUUUACACAUGGAUGGUGAUGUUAAUAUAUUUAAGAAUUUAAUGGUAUACAAUAUGGAUGUUGCCAAACUUUGGUAAAUGUACACAUAUUAUGAGAGGUAAUCCAAAUGAACUGAACUACAUGUAACUUUUUGUAUUUUACCCGGGUCAGCGAGAUGCUUCUAUUCCAGUGAAAGUUGCAUAUCUGAUCCUGUCUCAAACUGCCACACACUGUACUCAGCUUAAAGGGGAAAAUUUUAUGGGGUUUUUUUUCCUUUCUUUUGUAUAUAAGUAUUUGUUAAAUGCAGUUCUGGCUCUGUUCUCUGUAUAGUUCAGAUCGCGCUUUAGUUUGUAAGUGCUACUUUUUCUCUGAGGGACUUGGGUUCUUUUUAGUUUGUGUGGGGGAUAUCUGAAAAGAUUUAAGUUUGAGAACUUUUUUUUUUUUUUUCCUUUUUCUGCAUGCUGCAUCUUAUGCUGUGGGACUGUUGGAAACUUGAUACUGUAUGAAAAUUAAAUAAAAUUUAAAUAAACUUUGAAAUGUUGAAAGUAA